AGUUGAAGAGACGCGCUCGAGUAAACGUGACGCUUUAGUCCCCCCACAGAAAGCACUAAAGAGAAGCUAAAUCUAAACUUUUACUAAAAGGUGUGAUUACCUAUCACUUGUUAGAGUUCCCAUUGCUAUAUACAUGGCAACACGCUGACAUUUCAAUUAAACGGAAUUAUCUUUCAUACGAAAAUUCAAUUGCGUUGGUUGGAAAUUGCGCGAAAAAGCCCUCUCCCCUCCUGCAAAGUGUGAAAGACCUUUCGGUGCGAGGGUGGUGGAAAUAAAAAGGGAAGAAGUGACGAGAAGAUAAAAAAGCGCUUAUUUCAGCGAGCCCCACUUCGAUAAAUCUCAAACUCAUACCCGCUAUCAAUCACGUGAGUGACACCAACAAUAGCACCGAGUGAAUCCAAUUAGAUUUAUUAUUGAAGAGAGCAUUUUAAGCUAAAGUGAAUUCAAUUUAAUUUCACUCAAAUUGGAAUUUUUAUGUGAUAUUUCCAGACGAAGUGAUUAGCAAAAUUAGCACCAAACUGGGCACGCAUGGGACGCAAAAGCAACGUGGUGACGGAGUUCACGCACCUCUUGUGAAGAAUUUCGGCCUCGAAGAUGUCAAGCAUCUCCUCACGGGCAUGCACACAUCAGAAAGUGUAACAGAUUCAUGCCGUGAGGCAUCAGGUGGCAAUGUAGCACGUUCCCCAGCAUCCCACCUACUUCUGCACCAUAGCACAUCCACCACUGUGACAACUGUAACCAAUACCAAUCACAAAGUCACCACAUCCUCUGUAUCGGCUACACCAAACCCAAUAGGUGUAACCGGUGGUAGUCAUCGUGAAUGCGCUGGAUGUAGUAAAGUCAUCACAGAGCGCUUCCUCCUUCGUGCACUUGAUCUCUUUUGGCACGAAGAUUGCCUCAAGUGUGGAUGCUGUGACUGUCGUCUUGGGGAAGUAGGUUCAACGCUCUACACAAAAGCUAAUUUAAUUCUCUGUAAGAGAGACUAUCUCAGACUUUUUGGGACAACAGGCUACUGUGCGGCCUGCAAUAAAGUCAUACCCGCCUUUGAGAUGGUAAUGCGAGCCAAGAGUAAUGUCUACCAUUUAGAAUGUUUUGCAUGUCAGCAGUGCAACCACAGGUUUUGCGUUGGUGACCGUUUCUAUCUAUGUGAUAAUAAGAUACUUUGUGAAUAUGACUACGAGGAGAGGCUUGUUUUUGCCAAUAUGGCCUACAAUCCAACGAGCUUGGCACACAUUCGAAGGCAAGUUUGUAAUUUACAGUCUACCGGAGACAGUAUAGGCAAUUGUGGGAAUCAACCGGGUAACAUGGUUACACCACCCUUGACCACACCAUCCAUGGAGCCAGGUGUACCAGCAAUGGCGAGUAGUUCGGGAGCACCAGCACGUGGGCCGUGCUUUGGGGAUAAGCUACAGUUGCCAGCACCAGCGGCUGCAGCUACGAGCAACAUGGGUCCACCGCGUGAUGAUGGCUCCAGUGGCUAUGGAAGUCCAGAUUCGGAGACGUUUGAGUCACCGCAGACGUCACAAUGACGGCGUUUAUGAAUUUAAGGCAAAACGGGAGCUCCACGAGAGCCUCCCACGUAGCUACCCAGAGAGCGCCCAUCAUUACUUAAGUGCUAAAAUACGCAGAUAAAGGAAAAAUUCAUGGUGUAUCUGUAAUGUGUGGUAUGGAUGUUUUGGGACCAAUUUACUGGUCUAACACUCUCCUCCGCAAUGUUAUUCAGAAUUCUUUAAAUGUAGAAUAAUUGCCCCGCAAAAAAGUUUUAAAAAAAAUGGCAACAAUGUGAUUUUCAAGAUUUUCCAAGUCGAAUUUUUGUGUUUAACUGUUGGAAAAUUCAAUAAUUGAAAUUAAAAAAAAAUUCGUCAAAACAUUUCGUUCUUAUAAUUAAAUAAAUUAUAAAUAUAAUUAUUAAUAAGUUCUGUUUUAUUCUAAUUAAUUGAUGAUGCUUCAUUUAACCCUUUUGUAUCCGCAAGAAACAUUGAAGGAUUUGUUAUUUUCAAAUACGAAAUAUAUUUUUGGAAUUCAAAGGAAAGUUUUUGAUUUAAAAUUUUUAGAAAAAUAACUUAAAUCAAUUUAACCUUUUCACGUCCAUUGAGUUAUCCGCUGAUGCAAGAGUGAAACAUUUUUUUUUAUCGAACGUAAAUUAGAUUUAAUUUAAAUGAAUUAAACUAGUAAAUUAAUUUUUCUAUGUAUGACUCAAAACACGCGAAAGAGGUAACUGACUGAGAAAAAAAACCGUAUGUUUCAAUGAUUUUGUGUUUCACAAGGACGCGAAAGGAUUUAAUUUUUUGUUAAUCCUAAAAAAUAAAAUGUUUCAUGUUUCAAUCAAUGACUCAAUGGUCACGAAAGAGUUAAUCCUUCAAACGUGAAACAUUUUAUUUAAUUUAAUUUUAAUUUAAUUCAUUGUUUUCAAGAAAUCUAAAUACAUUAAGUUUACGUCGAAGAAGUAAAAGAAUACGUUUUGAUUGAUAAAUUCCCCAUAAAAGCUUCUAGAGAAAAGAAAUCGUAAUAAAAAAUCUGCAUGUUUCUCGUAGACGUCAAGGGGUUAACGAAACAAAGAAAAAACAAAAAGAUUUCUUUAUUUUUUGACUUAUUUAAUUAAUUCUUUUAUACGAAAUAAAAAUGAAUAUAACCUAAACAAUAAAAAAUUGUCACAUUGUGCCAUUUUAUCAAUGAAUAAACCAAAAACCCAGAGAGAAAAAAAUGAAGCUAUAAAAAGAGAUUAAUUCAAAGCAGAAAAGAAUUAAUUUACUUUAUAGCAGCACAACUUAAAGUCUUAUUUGUAUUACAAUGAGAUUGCACGUAAAUUCCCUUCAAAAGCUCACAAAAAAAGCAACGUAUAUCCAUCCCAAAGUUCCCCAAAGCAUUGCGAUGAAAAAGAUCAUUUUUGUAAAUUCAAGAAAAUCCUCGAUAAAUAAAUUUAAAGAAAAAAAGGUUUGAAAUCCACCGCGAGUCACAACGUUGGGACAACGAAUGGUUGAUUUUCCCUCGCAAAGAAAAACUCGUCACACGUUCCUAAAUUGCAUAGAUUUGUGUAUAUAAUAAUAAAAAAAAAAUAUAGUUUCAAUAUUUUUAGCAACAUUAAUUGCAUCCUCGUUACCCCUUUCAAGAAAAAAUUGUUUUGUGUUACAAAAGACUGCAAAAUGUGUGAAUGAAUGGUUAUUAUAAAAUUCUAUUGGUAUAAAAAAAAACCCUGUAUACGAAUGUAAAAUGUACAUUAUGAAAAGAAGAAAAAAUCCUCAUUUCUUUCCCUUUUGCAGCAUUUCUUUUAGAAAAAAAAAUCUCAUUUUGAAAAAUGAAAAGAAAUUAAAUUUAAAACUGUGAUUGUAACUAAAAAUAAAAUUAAAUAAAAAAAUGAAUGAUUGAGGUAAGAAGAAAAGAUAAUUCUUGUUAAUCUUCUUUAAAAAUGAACUAAAUGUAAAUAUAUUCUCUGUAAUAAUAUAAUAAUUGAUAAAUAACCGAAUAAAAUGGAGAAAAAAAUAUAAAUUUUAAGUUCCAAAUAAAAAGAAACCAUCAAGGCCAUCAAGGGACAUUUUCAUUC